AUGUCCGACGACAGCGAAUUCGACAACUUUGGCGACGACUUCGCAGACAUUGGAGCUGCUGACUGGGACAGACUUCUAUCUGCACCACCUCGUAGGGAUCCAGACCCGAAUCAAGCUCAGGGUGGAGAAGAACAUGCUGAAAUUCCACGAUUGGAGGCCCAAGACCUGGAUAGUCAGUCGGAUGACUAUUUUGAAGACGACGAGGCGUUCGACUCGAGCGUUUUAGCUGCGCUUGAUAGAAUCGAACAGGAGGCGACUCAAGCACGCCCUUCUAGAAUCACAGAAACUGCGCAGUCUACAGUGGCAAGGAACCCAUACGCCGGUGCGUGUUUCUGCAAACAUUCGCGAAGAGAUUCGCACUGUGGCGUAGAGCUCAUGAUUUCGCCGCCAGGCCCUUCACAUUCUACCAAUAACGUCCAAAAUAGACACAAUGAAACCUUGAUCUCACCAAGUGCCCCAGUCAACCAGGGCAAUUCCGCAUGUUCGAUCAAGGAUGAGGGUCCGACACAUUCGGGUGUCAAGAGAGCACGAUCGGUAACUAGUUCACCAAAACCAGCUUUCAAGAAGGGGAAAAUGAAGGAGUGUGAUGAACAAGAUGUUGCUAAAGCACUGUUAUCCAAACUUGAGGAAGAGUUUCAGUGCCCUGUGGUUGCUUCACACGUUGCAAACCCGUGCGGGCAUAGCUUCUGUGGCCCCUGCGGAUGGCACUGGAUUGUGACAACAGGGAAGAAAACGUGUCCGGCUUGCCGCACGUCCUUGGCGAGAACCAACAAGAUGCUACCCAACGUGUCUCUUGAUAACGCCAUCGAAAGAUACCUUGAGAUCAUCGGUGCUGUCGGGCAUGAGGAGUGGAGUGCUGGCGGGCAGUCUUACGUUGAAUUUACCAGGCGCAAAGAAGUCUGGAAAAGCGAGGCAGAUCAGCGCACGAAACAAAAUGCACCCCGUCGCAAGCCUUCCAGGGCAUGGAGCGGGCCCAUCUUCAUCCCGAUCGAAGAUGACGAUGAAGCCGCAGAUCCUACAUAUCAGGAGGAUUUUGACGCAUCUGAAGAGAUUCCAAUUUACCGAAUGUUCCCAGCACACCCAACCUCGCCUUAUCGGCGCCGACUUCGUUGA